AUGCGCAGGGCAGUCGGCGCCCGCUCGUUGCUGUCCCUCCUUUGCGUCCUACCCCUCCUCGGCCACAGUUCUGCGCAAGUUCCAUACACGCCUUCCACCCUUCUAUACUCUUCACAGCAUAAUUCCUCUUUCGCUUAUCUCCUGCGAACAACCGAAGGCCAAACCGAGUUCAUCUCGCUAGAUGUGUCCCAAAAAAUCGACACCAAAAAUCCUUUAUAUACAAUACUACUCGAUGACGCCCCGUUCAAUACCAAGGACGUGAAGUCCGCCUACGUUCCCGUCAUUGACCAGAAUGGGGUGAUAAAGGUGUUUGCCGGUGAUUGUUGGGACUCGGGCAAGUCGCCUAAGCUAUGGUCCUUCUCUCCCGAUUCUGGCUCCUCAACAGGCGGUGGAAAGUGGGCGGAGUUUUCAGCCCAAGGGUCACAAAAAGGCUCUAUUACCACUCGUCCAAAUUAUCUAUCAGCGGGAUUCGCAUACUCGGCUUCAAACACAACCCAAAGUUCCCUCUUCACGUUUGCUGGGAUGUGCCCGUACCAGAGCGACAGCAGCAUUUCUUGGGUCUCGGACGCGAACUAUUCCCAGACAAUGACAGUUUUGGUCCCCUGCAAAGAGGGAAAUUGUUAUGAGACGUUGACCACUGGGGACCGCGCACCUCCAAUUCCCGAAGCCGGGUUCACCAUUACUCCUCUCCAAGCCACAUACGGAUACACGGAUGAUGAGCUCCGGCAACAGCAGGAUUUCCUCCUCAUCGGCGGACAUACCCAGCAAGCAUUCAUCAACAUGUCCGAACUUGCUAUUUUCUCCGCUCCGCAGAAUAGCUGGAGCUUCGUCAGCGUGGGCUCCAUGGCAGACGCUUCAAGGGCUGAUCUGGCCCUCCGCAACACAGCCCUAAUCGAGCCUAGGUCCGGUCACACCGCCGUUCUCACCGCGGAUGGGAGCAAGGUGAUUGUGUUUGGGGGCUGGGUAGGUAACACCAGCGUCCCUGCAACACCCCAGCUCGCCAUUCUAGAGAUAGGUGGAGGCUUUGCUGGAAUUGGCGAAUGGACCUGGACUGUGCCGUCAACCAGUGGAGGUCUCCAGGGCUCUGGAUUGUAUGGAAUAUAUGGACACGGUGCUACGAUGCUGCCUGGUGAAGUUAUGAUGAUCGCAGGGGGUUAUGUGAUACCACAACUCUCCAAACGAUCCAAGGUUGGACCCGAGCUCAACUCACAGAUCUACCUGUACGAUGUAAAGUCAGGCGUGUGGGCUUCUUCAUAUGAGAACCCAUACUUUGACGUCACUGCUGCGGUUACUGAUAGCUCCUCCGCCUCAGGUAAAAGCUCAUCCGCUUUAAAAGCUGGCCUAGGUGUUGGAAUCGGCAUAGGGGUUCCAGCAGCUGCCGGUCUUUGUCUGCUCGCUUUCUAUCUCUGCCGACGGCGCGGGAUGCGUCGAACUCGAGAUAGUGAGAUCCGCGAGCUAGCUCUGGGCGCACAAAGAGCUCAUUACUGGGGAAGGGGCGACUCGGAAAUGGCCAGUAGUAUUCGGAAUCCUUCAAUGUUAAGAGAGUCGCAAGUUAACAAUGAUUACCCUUGGGGCGUCAAUAACAGGCCACGAAGCACCGGAAAAAAGGUCGACUGGAACGACAAUGGCGAAGGAGUUGCCGAGAGAACUGGGCUGCUGGGGGGUAUACACAUACCCAAAAAAACCAACCGACCAGUACUGAAUGUCGGGACCUAUCGACCCCCUUAUUAUGAUUUCAGGAAAGGUGACACUGCUGGGACUAUUCACCCCAUUGAUGAGCGCGACGAGGAUGAAGCCAAUCAUGCAGAAAAUGUACAAGCGCGUGAAACCCUUGACUCGCAAUUGUUUGUGACUGCUCGAAACACACAAGUGGACGCUCUGCAUCUCGAUGGUGUUGGACCGACAGAAGGGGAUACAGGCAGAAAUGCCUGUACGUCAUCAGGUAAUGAUGAGCGGACUUCAACCAAUUUAUCUGAGGCUUCGGCAUCGGCAAAGUCGGCAAAGUCAACACCGGGAAUGGGUUCACCUACCAAAGACAAACACGCCUAUCUGCCGAGCCCCAGCAGAGAAGCCAUCCGCAGCCAGGACAGCUCGAUAUCGGCAACUACAUCAUAUGACAAGCGCUAUUCAUCAGAUUCCUUCUCCACCGCUCACUCGGCGAUGUCGCAGCAACAAGCAGAGGGUGAAUAUCUUCUCCGGGACUCGGAAAACGCGCAGCGUUCCCCAAUAGCAGGACUAUUCAACAACAAACCUCCAGGACCGAGUCGACCGAGAGCCUCAGAGUGGAUUGGGGGUAUCCGACGAGUACUUUCUGUAUCGAGGAGGCGACCUCCAGCUAACGAGGGCCCGAGCACUAUCUCCAUGGCUUCUGGAAUUGAUGCAGAAAGCGCUGGAAUCAGCGCGCGUGCGGCUGACACAACACUCCCUCGGAGAUCGGUGAGCGCUUCGGCAGAGCUAUUUAGACGAAAACAGGGUGCCAAAGAUUGGGGCGUGGGUAACAGAUUCUCGCAGGAUACGGGAUUCCAUUCGGCACGUUCUACGCGUGAUGACUUUGGACUGGAUGGGCAUAUUGAUCCUGAUAGCGACGAUGAGUGGGACGUCGAGGGUGCCGCCGAGGGCCGGAGGGUGCAAGUGACAUUUACCGUGCCAAAGGAGAAACUUAGGGUUGUGAAUGCCUCAGCGGGUGACAUGGAUGAUCUGUCCGUGAACUCGGUCAGUCGAAACAACAGUCUGUCAUAG